AUGGGGCGCCGGAGUGAUUCGGACGAGGAGGGUGUCGCCGGACGGGAGGCGCCUGUCGGUGUGGGACCUGGCGAAGCUCGGGUCGUCGAUGGCGGCGAGCCAAGACCGGCAGACGGCGCGGAGGCGGACCAGGGACCUCGCCGGCAGCCGGAGGAGUAUUUCGCGGUGGACGUCCGCCGGGAGAGUCCAUUCAAAAGCGUUUUUUGCACCAACAUUGUGGUCAUUGAACUAAUCUUAGUUUUGUCCAGGAUAAAAUUUUGGGUAAAGCAGGGGAUAAACAUUUUCACAUCUUACCACUAA